AAUAAUAUGGCUUUCUGUGUCACAGACUGCGUCUCGAGACGCUUAUGCAAUUUAUUUGAGCAAUUUGGUCGUUUUGUGGGCAGAAACCCCUUAUCGUUUUUCAUAAUUCCUGUUAUUCUCUCCGCUUGUUUAGGAGGGGGAUUCUAUUUUCUAAAAGACAGAGAGGCGAAUGACAUCGAGGAUCAAUUUACCCCGGUGAACGGACCUGCCAAGUACGAAAGACGUUUUGUCAUGGAAAACUUUCCUUACAGCAAUAAUUAAUUGUUUUGAAGUCAGAGGCUCUACACCGAAGGAACAUAUGCAUCUUUCAUAGCAAAAAAUAAAAGUAAUGUACUGACAAAUGAGGUUUUUAAAGAAAUAAUCACUUUGGACGAAACUAUUCGCAACGUACCCGUGAAAGCCAAUAACUUAAUAACUUUUUCUAACAUUUGCGCUAAAUCGAAUGAUAGGUGCGUCUCAAAUGCGAUAUUAGAGAUUAUUGAUUACAACAAUGAAAUGGUACUGCAAACCAAAAUUACAUUUCCAACGUAUAGGAACAGAUCGGAAAUAUAUUUCCUUGGCUCUGAAGUCGGUGGAGUGACACUGAGUGAAGAUAAUGUUGUCGAAAAUGCUACGGCAAUAAGACUAUAUUACUAUUUAAGAGAAGAUCGACAAGAAGUCAAUUUAUGGCUGGACGAAUUCGUGAAAAUUGUAUCAAAUAACACAACUGCAAACUUUGAGGUGUCUUAUUUCACUUCUCGAUCACGGCAGGAGGAGCUUGAGGCAAAUACAAAAGAAGUGAUGCCUUUAUUUUCAGUGACAUACUUCCUUGUGAUCACUUUCUCAAUCGUAUCUUGCUUGAGGUUGGAUCAUGUAUGGAACAAGGUGUGGGUGGCGACCUUUGGUGUCCUCUCUGCUGGUCUGGCAGUACUGUCCAGUUUUGGGCUGCUGUUGUACAUUGGUGUGCCCUUUGCCAUGACCGUAGCCACUGCUCCUUUCCUGAUACUUGGGAUUGGUGUUGAUGACAUGUUCAUCAUGAUUUCCGCCUGGCAGCAGACCAACAUUUGCGACCCUGUUCAUCAGCGUCUGGCAGACACAUACAAAGAGGCUGCCAUGUCUAUCACCAUCACCACCCUGACAAAUCUCUUGGCUUUCUACAUUGGUCUCAUGACACAGUUCCGCUCCGUGCAGUCUUUCUGUCUGUACACUGGAACAGCUAUCCUGUUCUGUUACAAUGUGACAUUCUUUGGGGCUUUCAUGGCACUGGAUGGACAGAGAGAAGAAAAAGAAUUGCACUGGUUGACGUGCAAAAAGGUUGAAUUCAAAAACUCCAUAGGAAGAUAUAAAUGCAGUAGCAAAUACUGUAGAGAAUUACAUGUUGAAACAGAAAAGAAGAAAGUACAUUUAAUCAAUGACUUUUUUAGGGAUUUCUAUGGGCCUUUCUUAACAAAAUUAGGGAGCAAAGCUUUUCUGACCCUACUUUAUGCUACUUACCUGGCUGGCAGCAUUUACAAUUGCACCCAGAUAAAAGAGGGUAUAGACCUCAGAAACCUGGCCCCAGACACUUCCUAUGUUGUUAAGUAUUACAGCGAUGAGGAUUUGUACUUCAGUACAUAUGGUCCAAGUGUUAUGGUGAUUUUAGAUGGUGAAUUUCAGUAUUGGAACAAAACAGAACGAGCCACUCUUAACUCAAGCUUGGAAAUAUUUCUAAGUCUACCAUUUAUUGGCAAAAGCUUAUUUGUUUCUUGGCUGGAUAUCUAUGAAGAUUAUGCAAAAAACAGAUUUAUUAAAAAUAAUGAAACUGAAUUUAAAUCACAUUUACCUGGAUUUUUAGAAAAUAAUUACUUUAAGCAAGAUGUUAACUUCACCAAUGGCAAGAUUUAUGCCUCCCGUUUUUUUAUCCAGACUGUAAACAUAACUGAUGGUGAUAAAGAAAAGAACAUGUUGACUAAACUAAGAGAGGUUGCUGUAAAUUGUUCUGAUAAGAAUAAGAAUUAUUAUUUCAUGGUUUAUCACCCUGCAUUCAUCUACUUUGACCAGUAUGUUGUCAUAGUUAAUAAUACUAUUCAGAAUAUUCUAGUGGCCACAGCAGCCAUGUUGGUCAUCUCCCUCUUGCUGAUUCCAAAUAUUAUCUGCUCUCUGUGGGUGACCUUUGCCAUUGCCUCUGUCAUUAUUGGUGUUGUUGGCUUCAUGACCUUAUGGGAUGUUAAUCUUGAUUCCAUAUCCAUGAUCAAUCUGGUCAUCUGCUUUGGGUUUUCUGUGGAUUUCUCUGCGCACAUUGCUUAUGCCUUUAUCUCAAGCAGUGAAGUUAAACCCGAUAAGAAGGCUGUUGAUGCACUCCACAAACUAGGCUAUCCCAUAGUCCAGGGGGCUGUUUCAACCAUACUGGGGUUGGUGGCGCUGUCCACAUCUCCGAGCUACAUCUUCAGAACCUUCUUCAAAAUCCUGUUCCUAGUCAUCCUGUUUGGGGCAGCACAUGGAAUUGCUUUCAUUCCAGUUUUUCUUACUUUCUUUUUCUGCGACUCCUCUGCCAAAGUCAACAAUGAAAAUGAAGAAAGUGAUGCUGGGUCAGAUGAGAUAAGUGUCACUGGACAAAAAUAUGGAAAUAAUGAUGCUUGGCCAAACAAUGAGAACCCGUAUCGUCGGUCAGAAAAUGAGAAAACCUAUUCUGGGGCAAAAAAUGCAGAAACUGCCACUGGACCAAAUGAACAAAGGGACACAAUCAAAGAAAACAUGUGCAGUUAUGAUAAUCAAGGAUUUGCUUGGGAUAAUAAGGAUAAUAACCCUGACAUGCCAUUUGUAUCCUAAAACUGAAAAAUACAGGUCAAGAAAACCAGUGAAGUGUUUAGGUGGCUCUGUAAUAAGUGUGAGUUAAUUAAUCUAAACUAGAGUAAAACUGGGGUUAUCUUAUUUUGUCCCCCUGACUCCACCUUAGCUAGCACUUUAGGGCCUCUAUCAUCAAAUAUUCUCUCUUUGUGGUGAGUAGCAGCUUUUUCCAACUUAAAGCAAUUGCUAAAUUAAAACUUUUGCUCUUUUUGAAGGCUCAGGAGAUGCAUGCCUUUAUUACUUCCCAACAUAAUCCUCUUCCAUCCACAGCUAGUCCAAAAUACAGCUGCUCAGCUUCUCUCUGGCACGAGGAAGUGAGAUCACAUCACACCUACAUACUAGCCUCUCUUCACAGGCCACCAGUAAAGUUCGUUUUGUUCAAGGUUUUAAUCUUUGUUUCUAAAGCCCUACAUGGAUUGCUCCCUCUAUAUUUCCAAACUCCUCUGACCCCAUUCCACCUCCAGGUCUCUUAGAUCCUCUGACAAAUUGCUCAUGUGCAUUCCGCAAUGCUAUUUUAGGGUGAUUGUGCCUUCUCCAUUGAGAGGUUGAGAAUAGCCUUCCUCUGAGUAUUAAGUCCUCCCCCUCCAUUGAUAUCUUAAAUCUUGUCAUAAGACAUACUCUUCUCAUUAGCCUAUGAGUCUGUC